AGCAUUCGACUCACUCCCAACUUCUCAAACGCAGUCGAAGAGAGAGAGAUAAAAGCGAAUACAUACUUCUCGUCUUUCUUCACAUCUGUUCUUUUCCUUCUUCCUCAUUUCAGUCUUUUUCUCUUUCUCUCUCCCCCUUUCUCAGUUUUUUUUUUUUUAUUUUUUUUUAUUUUCCCAGAUUAAGGAAAACGAAAACAGAGAUCCUUAAUUUUGUAAAGAACAAAAAUGUUUAUCGAAAAUUUUAAGGUAGAAAGCCCAAAUGUCACAUACAGUGACAACGAAAUUCAUUCGAUUUAUAACUAUGAAACUACUGAGUUGGUUCAUGAAAAUCGUAAAGGUUCUGGUUAUCAAUGGAUUGUUAAACCCAAAUCUGUCAAAUAUGAAUUUAAAACUGACACCCAUGUCCCUAAACUUGGGGUGAUGUUGGUGGGUUGGGGUGGCAACAAUGGCUGCACCCUCACCGGUGGUGUCAUCGCUAAUCGCGAGGGAAUUUCAUGGGCAACAAAAGACAAGGUUCAACAAGCUAACUAUUUUGGAUCCCUUACUCAGGCAUCCUCUAUUCGUGUUGGCUCUUUCAAUGGCGAAGAAAUUUAUGCUCCUUUUAAGAGUCUCCUUCCUAUGGUGAACCCUGACGACAUUGUGUUUGGGGGCUGGGACAUUAGUGACAUGAAUUUAGCAGAUGCAAUGACCAGGGCUAAAGUCCUGGACAUUGAUUUGCAAAAGCAAUUGAGGCCCUACAUGGAGCACAUGAUUCCCCUUCCUGGUAUUUACGACCCAGAUUUUAUUGCUGCCAACCAAGAUUCUCGUGCUAACAACAUCAUUAAGGGCACUAAGAAGGAGCAACUUGAGCAAGUCAUUAAGGACAUUAGGGAGUUUAAGGAGAAGAACAAAGUGGAUAAGGUUGUGGUGCUUUGGACAGCAAACACAGAGAGGUACAGCAAUGUCGUGGUGGGGCUGAAUGACACCACAGAGAACCUGAUGGCAGCUAUUGAUAGGAAUGAGUCCGAGAUCUCACCAUCGACUUUGUAUGCAAUUGCCUGUGUUCUUGAAAAUGUUCCUUUCAUCAAUGGUAGUCCUCAAAACACCUUUGUCCCUGGACUCAUUGAUCUGGCCAUUAAGAACAACUCUUUGAUUGGAGGAGAUGACUUCAAGAGUGGUCAGACUAAGAUGAAAUCCGUGCUUGUUGACUUCCUUGUUGGGGCUGGUAUUAAGCCAACAUCAAUAGUGAGUUACAACCACUUGGGAAACAAUGACGGGAUGAACUUGUCAGCACCUCAGACCUUUAGGUCUAAAGAGAUAUCAAAGAGUAAUGUGGUUGAUGACAUGGUUGCUAGCAAUGGUAUCCUGUAUGAGCCUGGUGAACACCCUGAUCAUGUUGUCGUCAUCAAGUAUGUUCCAUAUGUGGGAGACAGCAAGAGAGCCAUGGAUGAGUACACAUCCGAGAUAUUCAUGGGUGGUAAGAACACCAUUGUCUUACACAACACCUGUGAGGACUCGCUAUUGGCUGCUCCAAUCAUCCUCGACUUGGUCCUCCUUGCUGAGCUUAGCACUCGUAUCCAGUUCAAGAGUGAAGCAGAGGACAAGUUUCACUCCUUCCAUCCAGUUGCUACCAUACUCAGUUACCUCACUAAAGCACCUCUUGUUCCACCAGGCACUCCAGUAGUGAACGCACUCUCAAAGCAGAGGGCAAUGCUCGAGAACAUAAUGAGGGCGUGUGUAGGUUUGGCUCCGGAGAACAAUAUGAUCCUUGAAUACAAGUAGAAUAGCACGUGCAUAAGCAGCACAGCAGCAGUAGCCGCCACCGCCACCUUUUUAAGGCAUUGCCAAUAAAAAAGAUGAUCUGAAAGUAGUUAAUUUGUGUGUAGUGCUGCUGUGUUUUUGUAUUAGUGUCUGAAAAGGCAGCACCCAUUAAUCAAAUUUUAGCUUUUGUGGUGGUUAUGCCCCUUCUUCAUUAUUUAUAUGCUUCUUACUGUUUCUCAGGUUCAACAACCUUUUCUAUAAGUAGUGGUACCACUUUAUGUCUUUGUAAUGUAUAUUUUCUGGUGUAAGCAGCAUUCAAAGGCAAGCAGUUUUUCCCUGCUUAGCUUUAAUCUAUGUAAUUAAUUGUCAGAAUUUGAA